AGAAUGCGUCGCUUAAUCAAUCGACAUGAGAGCAAGUUGGUGGGCCUAUGCGAUCCCAUAUGCCUCGGAAUCCUACUGUUCAUCACAGGCUUUCUGGUCAUCUACGAGUUGUAUUACAUUCUGCCCCAUUUGUGCGACACUCGGGGUCUGGCGUACAAGCUGAACCAUGUAUUGGCCUUCUUUCUAACGUUCAACAUUUUGGGAAACAUUUGGUGCUGUCGUCGAACGGACACCAGUUUGGAGGCGGUGUCUAAGAUACGGCAGCAUCCGCCGCUGCAUGAGGCACACUUGUGGCGACUGUGCACCCAUUGCCAGAUGUUGAUGCCACCGCGCUCGUGGCACUGUCGUCGCUGCAAGAAGUGCGUUCUGAAGCGAGACCAUCACUGCAACUUCUUGUGCACCUGCAUUGGAUUCACCAAUCAGCGUUACUUCGUGGCCCUGUUGCUGCACCUGACCGUCGGCUGUUUCUUCUCGCUACUCUACAAUGGCAUCUUUUUGUGGCAGAAGCGCAUGCUGAUUGUCAACGAGCCGAUGAUAUUUUUUGGCAAUAUGGUUGACAAAGACCCAGAACAAUUGGCCAAUUGGUACGAAUACCAGAAGGUUUUAUUCCAUAUGGGCAUUUUCAAGUUGCUGACUUUGGUCACGGCUGGACCCUGCGUCCAUUUCUUCUAUCAGCUCUAUAUGCUAUGGCGUGGCACUAGCAUGGGUCGGAAGGAUGACCGCAGCUACGAUUUGGGGGGCUGGCAGAACCUGAGACUGACCUUUGGCCAUCGCAUGUGGUGGGUGUUCCUCUCGCCCUUCCUCAAAAGCAAGCAGCCGCACGAUGGCACGCAAUGGCAACUGGCCCCACAGAGCAUUUAAGACGUCCAUUAUGAGAUUUCAAUUACAUAUUUUAUGCAUUGAACCAAAUCGAGUUUCACGCUUCAUUUAAUCCAACGACGACCAAGCCCAUGUACAAAUAAAUGGCGCUGAAAUCAACACGCGCUAAUUACCAUGCGAA